CAGCAAACCCUCGGAGCUCGGUCGUGUACUCUUUCACUGAUCCCGGUUGCUCAGAGCGCAAUAUCUAUAUCGAUGCACUCUCCAGGCCCAAAGGACUUCAAAGUUCUCACCACAAACUGCGACCAUGAAUCCAAGCUGUGGUAGGGCUCGUACAAGCCUGACAUCCAUGGAAUCGCAUCCCCCUGUAAGUGAAGGGACGCAAUCUCCACUUUCUUCUCCUCGGGAGUCUUGAGGUACUUGAAGUAACGCUCCGCGAGGCAGAGCCAGUCUACUGGAUUGUCGUUUCCUCCGUGAAACACAGGAAUUUUCAGGUUCAUUGUUCAUGGCAUUGAGGAGGACCCAUCCUUUGUUCUUGAUUGUUCAAACCCAACUCUAAGUUGGCGCGGAUAUCUUCCAGAAGCGUUUGCUGGAAGUGAGCUUGUGCGGAGGCCAUGGAGUUUAUGGAGUUCUGUAGCUCCUGAAGCGAAGCCUGAGUUUUUCUUUGUGGAGAUGUAGCUCCAACUCUAGGGAACCCAUUUCCUGUGGAGAAAGAGGGUUUUUCCCCGUGUUCUCGGAACCAAGCUCUGAUACACAAAUAGGAUCAGAAGGGGAAGAGGAAGAAGAAGACAAAAGGAAUAUCAGAGGUGGUCAAAAAUGGAGCCCUAGAGGCUAUUUAAGAAAAAUGAGUAGGCCAAUCGAAUCAGCAGCCCAUAAGGACUAAACAGCCCAACUAUGCUUCUCAGCCCAUCAGAAUUGUUGUAAAUUUGGAAUAUCUGAAGGAACUCUCUUCUCUCUCUCCCCUGUGCCUUUGAAUCACAAAAAACAUGUCAAAACCAUUAGAGAGAUACCAAAAACUUGGCUUGAAAGAGUCUUUACCAAGAAUUCACAGGUACCCGUUAGCCUGUAAGGAGCUGAGCUUUAUUCUCAGAGGCGCUUACAAGAAAAUUCCCAAGAAUCUUCAAUCGCUCAUCUUCCAGGACACCCUCACCGCCUUUCGUCUCCUCCCUGAAAUGCAGACACGCAAUGCUGUUUUGGCAGCCCAUCUCCUCCUUCAGAGCGUCGAGGCCACGUUGCCAAAGCAAAAGAAGAAUGCAGCUGUUACAGAAUAUAAGAAUGCAAUGGUUGCUCAUAAGAGGCGCACUAAAGCCCGCCAAGAAGAAAACGUUUCAGGUUCAACCCAGCUGCCACAAGAUGUUCUUGUUCACAUAUUCAGUUUCCUCGAUAUGCAAUCUUUAGUCUCUGUUGGACGAGUCUGCUGGUUGUGGAAUAUAGCGGCAAGUGAGAACAAUUUGUGGCAGGCACAAUACACUACUUUCUUCGGGAAUUCUGAUAAUGAUGCGAUGAUUAAGGGUCGACAGAUUGGUAGACUGGUUGAAGAUGAAGGGGGGUAUACACUAUUUUGGCGAGAAGCCUUCAAACGAGCAUAUUUAGGUAGUUCUUCAAAGAAAUUGAAAUCCAGUAGGGGAUACUGUAGGGACUGCAACACGAUUGUUUGGCUCGAUAACAUGAAAUGUUCAAAUGAACAUACAGGACUAAAUUCUGAAAAUCAGCAAAUUAAGCCGGUGUUACCCAGUCAGGUGGUUGGGUAUCUCUUGGAUGAUUCUUUAUCAAUGGCAUCUUCUUCAGACAGUGAUAGUGAUUCAGAUGGAGGGCCAUUUUCCAGGUUAUGGGCCUACCAAAGACCCUUGAGCAAAACCCAGUAAAAGCAUUUCAUUCAUGUAUAGAGCUGCUCAAUGAGGAUGGCUAAUAUCUAGCGGCCAGCGUUCUCGCUUCUUCAAGAGGCUCUUCCCUCGCUGCUUGAGUCUCGACCGUCCCGGAGCUGGAUUUUUAACUUUGUUUUCAAAAGAAUAUGUGUUUAGAAAAAUAAGAAGUAAUAAUAUUAUAGUUCUUGUACCAAAAUAUAUAUUCAUAAAUUCUUCUUGUUUCAUAAUCUCUGUGUUUCUUUUGCAAUACAUUUCACAUUGAUAACAAUCGACCUCAAACAGUAAAAUGU